AUGACCCAAAAAGUUAAGCCAACACCUGCCUUGGUACUUUUUGUUUUGUUAUCAAGAACAGUUGUUUCUGUUGAGUUUGCUUACAAUGGUUUUAAUGAAGUUGAAGUUAGUAAUCUUAGUGUAAAUGGGGGUUGCUCAAAUUCCAAGAAUGGUGUUUUACAGCUUACAAAUGAAACAUCUAGAGUUGUUGGUCAUGUUUUUUACAAAAAUCCAAUAAAAUUCAAGAAUGAUAAGUUUAGUAAUAAUGUUUCUUUUUUUUCUACUGGUUUUGCUUUUGCUUUUGGGGUUGUUCCUGAAUAUGCUAAGUUAGGUGGUCAUGGUUUUGCUUUUACAAUAUCAAGAAGUAAAGAAAUGAAAGGUGCACUUCCUAGUCGGUAUUUAGGACUUUCGAAUAAUAGUGAUGUUGGGAAUUUUUCUAAUCAUUUGUUUGCUGUUGAAUUUGAUACUGUUCAAGAUUUUGAGUUUGGUGAUAUUAGUGAUAUUCAUGUUGGUAUUGAUAUUAAUGAUUUGGAAUCAAAUUCUUCUGUUAAUGCUAGUUACUUUUCUGAAGGAAAUUUUACUAAGCAGAAUCUUUUUCUUCAGUGUGGAAAGACAAUUCAGGCUUGGAUUGACUAUGAUUCAAGUAGAAAUUUAUUGAAUGUUACACUUUCCAUUUGUAUAGGCAUACUUGUGUUGAUGAGAGUGAUGAUAAAUUUUUCAUGUUCUUUAAGUCCAGACAAUGUGGAUGGUGUUGAUAUGACCUUAAUAGCUGAACUUUUACAGUAG